CUGCCUGUGUGUGCGUGCGUGAGUGCGCGCAGGCAAGCGAUCGAGCCAGUGAGUGAGAAAGCGAGAGAGAGAGAGAGAGAGGGAGAGAGAGAGGGAGAGAGAGAAAGGGGAAGGAAAGCAAUCGAGAGGGAGAGAGCGAAUCGGAGUGCGAGUGCAAGACAAAGCUAUGAAAUUAAUACGAGCUAUUUGCCUCCUGCUUCUUUGUCCAGCUUUGAGCCUCAACACUAGACAUGGCUAUGAGGGGCUGGAGCAGAAGCUGAAGGAGGUCUUCACCGAGCGGACUGGCAUCAUGCGUCAACUCUCCAAGACUUCAAAGGAACUGGACAGCAUAAAAGGCAACCUUCAGACACUGAAAAAUGACGACUCCGUGGCCAAGGCGGAUGUCCUGAAAAUCCUGGCGCUCAGCCACAAGCAGAGGGGAGAGAUGAAGUCCCUCCAGGCUGCCUUGCAGAAGCAGCUGGACGAGGCAACGGAGCAAGCCGAGAAACAGCAGGCCACAAUCAAGUUCCUCAAGAUGGAGAUGGAGAAAAAGACCAAAAUAAUCAAGGACCUGCAACAGGAGAACAAGAGCUUGAAAAAUAAACUGCUAUCUGGCAACAAACUGUGUGAUGUCCAUGCAGAAGAGUCUAAAAAAAUCCAGGCUCAACUGAAAGAGCUGCGGUACGGGAAAAAGGAUUUAAUUUUCAAGGGACAGCAGCUAAUGGAUCUGGAGCACAAGUUAACCAUUGCCAAAGAAGAGCUGGAAAAGGCCGCACUGGACAAGGAGUCUCAGUUGAAGGCACUGAAGGACACAGUGCACAUCUGCUUCUCUGCUGUUCUGCACAACCAGCCCACCAGCAGCCACAGGUUCCCCGCCACCCCCACCAACUUGUUCAGAUACUCCUCACUCGUCAACAGCUCCAGAGUCACCUUUCAGCAGCCACACGCCAAGGAUAUCCCGAAAGUUCAGAGAAUCAUCACAGCCAGUAAAUCGCCUGCGAACAUUGGGGUAAUGAGGAGAGACAGUAGUCCCGGAGUCAAGGACUGCCAGAUGGAAAAGAUUGGCGGGGGUUGCUUCCAAAACCAGACGGAGACAGAAUCCUCUCCCGACAGUAAAAAGCUGCUUGAACAGAAGCAAAGGCCUGCAGCGCAGAUUGGAAAAUCAAAUGCAAAGCCCUCAGAUGGCAGGGAGGAAGUAGAGGGAGGCAGCAAAAACACGAAACUACACAAAAACAACUGAAUGGAUGGGAUGUCAUUGGAGAUGCAGAACACCUGCGUUACCUGGAGAUCUUUUUCAGAGCACAUACUUGUGCCAACACACACACACACGCACACACACACACACAGUUUGCAAAAGAGACACAGGAAUUGUUGGACGAAAACAAACUUCUCAACCGUGAAAUGUUUAAAUUUUUCGAUUGAAAACCUGCAUAAUAACAUGGCAUGCAUUCUAGACUUCUUUUAAAAGGUAGCAAUGGCAUUGGUAACUUGUUUUAUGAUUGUUCAUUGUUGUUUUUUUUCAGAGCGAGGACACUACUUUCUACAGUAAAUGUGUGUUAUUUCUAAAUAAAUCCCUUUGCACUGGUGAGGUCAUGAUAUUCUGUAAUAUAAGUAGUCCCAUUAACAAAAACUGCUGUAACACCAAACUUACAAAUAUGGUUUGUCACUCAUUGUAGCAAGGUUAAUUUACUAUCUCCUCCAUAUUUUAAAGUAUAUAGGCUCUCAAGUUGGCUGGCCAACUUCUUUCAACAUUUAAUAUUUCAGAGCUCUUUCUGCCUUUAACAUGCUAGAGGUGAAGAGCCAAAGACUCACAAUGAGUCGUCUCCCUGAGAAUGUGCCAUGCACUGAGUAGUUACUCCUAGCUACAUUGAUCUGUGUUAUUUGACCUUUCUUUCAAUAAACUGUGAUUUUCAGUAAAUUUGUGAAGAUUAAAUGGAUAUUUGUGGAGAAAACGAAUCGACUGGUCUAUUUUUAACCUAUAGUGUGAAGAACUAUUUACAAAAUGUAGACUUUAUACCACUUCCGUAAAAAAUGUAUCACACCCUUGUAAGUGCAGUGUAAUUGCAGUAUAGGUAGUCGGAAAUGUACGGGGAGAAUCAAACAAUGUAUUUCAGUUUGCUUGCCAAUAUAAUAUGUGUAUAACAAAUGACGUGUUAAUUACAGAAAAUUCAACUAGGCAUCACAGUAGUUACUAUAUACUAUUUUUUAGGCCAAGGGUAUUUAUAAUGUUAUGGCAUAAGGUCAAUGAAACAUAAAGAAGGACCUGAAGAAAACACUGCAACUGAUAUUUUUUUCGUUGUUUUGUGUGAGGUUAAAACAAAACCAACCGUUGUCAUUAAAGCAAAUACUUACUCUUUUGUCGCUGUACACCAAAAGAUAUAUUUUUAUUCAAGUUAUGUUCACUCCAGCAUUGGCAGUUGCAUACUAAUUCAUUAUGGAAGAAAUCUCAAAGGAGGGCAGCUAGUAAUUAUUCCAGACUUUAUAAAGGAGCAGAGUUAAAAAGAAAAGUAAAGCAGUCAAGUAUUUAAUCAGUCUUGGUGUGAUUUUUUUUAUUAGCUAGGCUAUGUUUGGCCGCUUAAUAUAACUGGAACGUAAUGAUUCAUAAAAAUACUGCUUAUAAUAUGCUAAUGCCGCUACCGUUAUAGGGCUACCAUCAUCGCCUUUUUUAGCAUAUCCAUGACCAAUGACAUUAGCGACAACUUGCGCCAGAUACCCUAUUUGACUUUCUCAAAUGAAUCAAAACAAGACAGCAAGGAAGCUAGAGCU